GUCCGCGACCUAGCAACUGUCCCCUAUUUGAUCGAUCCCUAAAGCAAUCCGAAAUUAUCUUUUCCACCGUUUACAACGAGAGCAAGCGUUUACAAGAAAAUGGAUCUGGAUCAAGCCUCGUACUUACAGCAUCUGCCGGUUACUGAUGAAAUCCAGCAACAAUUGGCAAGAAUCUCCGAGAGAAAGUGCAAGAUCGAAAGCAUAAUUUUAGAGGCGAGGGAGACAGCCGAUUUCGAGCCUAAAACAUGGAGUUCCGAGGCGGAGCUCAAAGACAUGAUAAAAGAUGCCAUAAAAGAAGGGGAAAAAGCCCAAGAGGUUCCAGAGUUGAAAAUCUUUCGGGUUCUGCUCAGAGAGACGGAAACAAUCAACCUUUUCGAGCUUACAACUAGAUUUGCUGAGGAAGGCUCUUUAGAAUGGAAGGAAAUGGCGUUUUAUAAUAAUGCAUUCAAAGAGUACCAACAAAGGAAAACGGAAGUGUUAACCUACGACGCUGAAACCCAAACACCAAAUCCGUGCUAUUUAAACCGGCUGGUCCAAACCAAAGAAAUCAUCAAAAAGGAAAAAGCAUCAAUGGCUACAGAAUGGGAUAUGUUUGAUACAUUCAAAAAACUGAAAAGAAAAAAUGAUUCCGAAAACACAGUUGAUAGUAUUGAUGAGAAAUUUUACGAAGCUGCUCAGUACUGCCAACGCGUCUUGGCUUCAAACAAAUUUCACGAGGAGCAAAUGACGUUUAUGACAAAGCAUCAGCCAAGUCGGUUUAUAAGAUACACGAUGGACAUUCUGUGGGAGAUGAAGGAAAACAAUUCGGGAGAAGUCACUUGCAUCUGUGUAAAUCCGGCCAAUAUGAAAAUAGUUGCCGUGGGUUACGGGAAUCGAGGGGGAAAAGGAUUGAUAUGCUGUUGGAACGCGAAAAAUCCUCAAAGCCCCGAGAGGCGUCUCGAAGUAGAAAGCCCAAUAACUUGCCUCGACUUUUGCAGGAGCAAACCUCGUUAUCUCGCAUUCACCACCGAGUUGGGGGAGGUCCUUAUUGUUGACAUAAGAACGCACAAAACAUCCAUAAUCCCUCUGUUCAGGGCGACGAGCAGAGUUGUCAAGGAGCCAGAAUGGGCCGCGGUUUGGAUCCAAUAUGAAGAAAUGGGAAAGAUCACAGAAAGAUUAAUGACCGUCGGACACAGCGGCGAAGUGCUACUGUGGGACCCCGAGGGACAGAAUCAUAAAAAACUUGCUGAACUGGCUUAUACGAGGACGCCUCACAAGGACGUCUAUUGCACGCGACUUAACACCGGACAGGAUGAAGCGGAACAUAACUUUCUACGGAGACAGUACAUUUGUCACACGAUUGAACUUCACCCGACAGAUCCAAGGACAUAUUAUAUUACAACGAAUGAAGGAUCCAUACUCACG